GUUGUUUUUGUGGGACUGGAGGGCUCUUGUGUGGACUUUACUAGGUGCGACAUCAUACACCUUAGGAUAGCUGCCUCUCCCAGACUUCUACUGGAGUCUACUGGAGUCUACUGGAGUCUGCUGGGCUGUGAAAUGGGGACCCUCCAGUGUGAUAACCACCUCCUGAGUGCAAAAUGGGGGAUUCUUGAGUGACCAAUCGUGUUUGAACCAUGGAGAAGUCUGGUCAGAUGUUCGCCCCUCCACCCAAUCACACGUCUCGUGGCCUCCCCACCAGCCAAUGGGGACCUCAUCCCACCGUCCCAGGAGAGGUGGGCGUGGUCACCAGCUCCCAGUCAGAGAUCAAGGACCUAAUUGGUUUAUUCUUCAUGGUGACCCUGAACCUCAUCGCCCUAUUGGCCAACGCAGGAGUCAUGGUGGCCAUUGCCCGCGCCCCUCACUUGAAAAGGUUUGCCUUUGUGUGCCACCUGUGUGCCGUGGACAUGCUGUGUGCCAUCCUGCUCAUGCCUCUGGGCAUCCUCACCAGCUCCCCCUACUUUGGCACCGUGGUGUUCACCGUGCUGGAGUGCCAGGUCUACAUCUUCCUCAACGUCUUCCUCACCUGCGCCUCCAUCCUCACGGUCACGGCCAUCAGCGUGGAGCGCUACUUCUACAUCGUGCACCCCAUGCGCUACGAGAUGAAGAUGAGCAUCAACCUGGCCAUGGGCGUCAUGCUCCUGAUCUGGGUCAAAUCCAUCCUGCUGGCCCUGGUGCCCCUGUACGGCUGGCCGGCCUACGGGCCCCAGAGCUCCAUCGCCGCGGCGCACUGCUCCCUCCACUGGAGCCACGGCCGGCUGCGUCGUCUGUUCGCCGUCCUCUUCAGCGUGGUGUGUUUCCUGUUCCCCGCCCUGGUCAUUUUCACCGUGUACGGCAGCGUGUACAAGGUGGCGCGCUCCGCCGCUCUGCAGCAAGCCCCUGCUCCUGCCUGGGCCACCUCCUCCUCCUCCUCGGGCAACCCGGCCAAGCGCCGCUCGGACUCCAUCAACAGCCAGACCACCAUCAUCACCACGGGACGCAACCUGCCCCAAAGACUGACCCCGGAGCGGGCCUUCAGCGGGGGCAAGGCCGCCCUCACCCUGGUGGUCAUUGUGGGCCAGUUCCUGCUCUGCUGGCUGCCUUACUUCAUCUUCCACCUGCACCUGUCGUUCGGAGCCUCGCGGCAGAGCCCGGGCGACGUGGAGGAGGCCGUCACCUGGCUGGCCUACUCCUCCUUCCCCAUCAACCCCUUCUUCUACGGCAUGCUUAACCGGCAGAUCCGGGAGGAGCUGGUGAAGUUCCGGCGCUGCUGUGGCUCCUCGCGGCCCGUGGAGCUGGGCACGUCCGGCCAGGAGGGCUCCCUGCAAGACAACUUCCUCCAGUUCCUCCAGAAGACCGGCUGCUCCACCUCCAGCCCCAGGAACAGCCUGGAGCAGCGGGCCAGGAACAGCCUGGAGCAGGGGGCCAGGAACAGCCUGGAGCAGGGGGCCAGGAACAGCCUGGAGCAGGGGGCCAGGAACAGCCUGGAGCAGGGGGCCAGGAACAGCCUGGAGCAGGGGGCCAGGAACAGCCUGGAGCAGGGGGCCAGGGUGCCGGGACAGAUUCCGGAGGAACGUGGCUAGGAUCCGGCCGGAAUUGCAGCGGACAGGAGAUCAGACAGCGUGACUCACAUCCGUCACCGGCGACUGUGUUGUUGUAGCAAAUGAGACUUGUUAUAAACUGUAAUACUGUAUGGACUACAGCAGGGGUGUUCAAUCCUGGUCCUCAGGGUCCACUGUUCUGUAUGUUCUAGAUGUUUCCAUGCUCCAACACACCUGAUUCAAAUGAAUGGAUUGUUAUCAAGCUCUGUGGAAGCCUGGUAAUAACCCAUUCAUCUAAAUCAGGUGUGCUGGACAUGCAGGACGGUGGACCCCGAGGACCAGGGUUGGACCAAUAACUAGCAGCACUGACCUCAGCUGAGAUGCUUGUAUGGAAGAGCUGGUGGAUCCACGUAUUACCUUACAUGGUAUUCACUUCCUCUAUCCUCUGGUGUUUAGCUGUCACAGUUUCAGGUUGCAUGGACUGGAUAUUCUGUUACCUUAUCAACCGUUUGAGUCAAAGGUGAUUUUUGAACUUGAACUUUUGCAGCUCUUCCAUACAUCCAAACAUCUCUCUGUACAGUAUGCCAAAUAAAAGAGUACACUGUGGGUGUUUUUUGUCAAUAUGAUUUGAAUUGAGUGCUUUUUGUAAUGUCAUAAUGUCUAUUAUAGAAUUCUAUGGUUUUUUAUAAGUUAACUUCUGUAACCACAUGUAUUUGCCUGUGUCUCUUCGGAACACAAAUACUGUAUGCUGGUUGGUGUAAAUCUGUCUGUUUAUAUCAACCAGAUCUGUUCAUAAUAAUGUUUUUUUCUGUCGUAUUAAUA